CCCCUCCCUUCCCCCCGACCCUCCGUUCCACCGGUCCCGUUCCGUUUCCUUCCAUUCCAACAGAGCGCGCGCGGCGGAGUGGCGGCCUUAUAAAUUAAAGGAGAGAAUUGACAUUUCCCUCCGGUUUCUCCGCACCAUGCUUCACUCCCCGUCCGCGCGCGCCUGAGGAGGCGGAGAGGAGAGAGCGCGCGGGCCUGUGCUGCUGCUGCUGGUGUGUGUGUGUGUAUGUGUGUGUGUGUGUGUGGAGGUGGGGGGUGAGAGCAGGAAUUUUCUCUGUCAGCGCACUCGGAGGAGUGAACAGCACCGACAACACCGAGAACACCGGGGGCGGCGAAGGCAUCGGAGACAGAAACCCCCGCACACACACACGCAAGUGUGUGUGUGUGUGUGUGUGUGUGUGUGUCUGUGUGUAUGAGAGAGAGAGAAGAUUCAGAUAGAAAAGCCCGGAUCCUGAUAGGAAUCGCAUUCACACAAUCCGAAUCCAGGUAGAGAGACUGGAACCAAGAGCAUCCAGGUGCUGGAUCUCAGAAGGAAUUUUUUUAGAGGACGGAACGGUCCAUGGAGCACUCAAGGACGACCGGCGUCUGCCUCUGGUUAGGCCUGGUCUCCGCGGCGACGACCCUGACACAUGUCGAUGCAGGGGUCGUAAACGAGACGUGCUCAGAGGGGACGUCGAAAUGCAAGCCAGGAAUCCUGCUGCCGAUCUGGUAUCCAGAGAAUCCAUCAGCUGGGGACAAAAUGGCACGUGUGAUCGUCUACUUUGUGGCGAUGAUCUACAUGUUCCUGGGGGUGUCCAUCAUUGCUGACCGCUUCAUGGCCGCCAUCGAGGUCAUCACGUCUCAGGAGAGAGAGAUUGUGGUGAAGCGGGCGAACGGGGAGACGAUGACGACGACGGUGCGGAUUUGGAACGAAACCGUGUCAAACCUGACACUGCUGGCUCUGGGCUCAUCUGCUCCUGAGAUCCUGCUCUCGGUGAUUGAGAUCUGCGGUCACGGGUUCCAUGCCGGUGAGCUAGGACCAUCCACCAUUGUAGGCAGCGCCGCCUUUAACAUGUUCGUCAUAAUCGGCAUUUGUGUAUCUGCAGUGCCUGAUGGUGAAGUGCGUAAGGUGAAGCACCUGCGUGUGUUCUUCGUGACGGCAGCUUGCAGCGUGUUCGCAUACGUCUGGCUCUACAUGAUCCUCGCUGUCUUCUCACCCAAUGAGGUGCAGGUGUGGGAGGGGCUUAUAACACUUGCCUUCUUCCCUGCCUGUGUUAUCUUGGCUUGGGCUGCUGACCGCCGUCUGCUGUUCAAUAAGUUCACGCACAAGACCUACAGAGCUGACAAGCACCGCGGUGUGAUCAUCGAGACGGAGGGCGAGCAGUCCAAAGGUAUUGAGAUGGAUGGGAAAAUGGCUAACUCGCACUUCCUGGACGGUGGUGCUGCUACCAACCUGAUGGGCCUGACAGAGGGAAAAGAAAUGGACGAAUCACGUCGGGAGAUGAUCCGAAUUUUGAAGGACCUAAAGCAGAAACAUCCGGAGAAGGACCUGGACCAGCUGGUGGAGAUGGCAAACUACUACGCACUGUCGCACCAGCAGAAGAGCCGAGCGUUCUACCGUAUCCAGGCCACACGGAUGAUGACAGGUGCCGGGAAUAUCCUGAAGAAGCACGUCGCUGAGCAGGCCAAACGCAGCAGUAGUAUACAGGAAGUGCAUGUUGAAGAGCCAGAGGACUUUGUGACACGGAUCGGAUUUGAACCUGCUGUGUAUCAGUGCUUGGAGAACUGUGGCGCUGUCCUACUAACCAUCGUGCGCAAAGGUGGUGACGUCUCCAAGACGAUUUAUGUUGACUACAAGACUGAAGAUGGCUCAGCCAAUGCCGGUGCAGAUUAUGAGUUCACAGAGGGCACCGUGGUGUUCAAACCUGGCGAGGUCAUCAAAGAGAUCGCCAUUGGUAUCAUUGACGAUGACAUCUUUGAGGAGGAUGAACACUUCUUUGUUCGACUCAGCAACGUUCGGACGCUCGACUCGGCGAACGACGACGAGAUGCCGGCGUACCCCACAGUGGCGCUCGGGUAUCCUGCUGUAGCCACCGUGACCAUCCUGGAUGACGAUCACGCAGGGAUUUUCACGUUUGAGAGCGGCACAGCGCAUGUGAGUGAGAGCGUGGGAAUCAUGGAGGUCAAGGUGCUCAGGACAUCUGGGGCGAGGGGGACUGUCAUCGUUCCGUACCGCACUGUCGAUGGACUCGCUAAAGGAGGUGGGGAAGACUUUGAGGACACGUAUGGAGAGCUGGAGUUCAAAAAUGAUGAGACCUGUAAAAUGAUCCAGGUGAGGAUAAUUGAUGAUGAGGAGUAUGAGAAGAAUAAAAACUUCUUCCUGGAACUGGCAGAACCGCGCAUGGUGGACAUGAGCCUUCAGAAAGCUCUUUUGUUAGCUGAUGAUGUUCCUGACAGGAAGUUGUCAUCAGAGGAAGAGGAAGUGAGGAGAGUAGCUGAGAUGGGAAAGCCGAUCCUGGGAGAGCACUCAAAGCUGGAAGUCGUCAUCGAAGAGUCCUAUGAGUUCAAGAACACAGUAGAUAAGUUGAUUAAGAAGACAAACCUGGCUCUGGUUGUUGGCACCAACUCAUGGAGGGAGCAGUUCAUGGAGGCCAUUACAGUCAGCUCAGCAGGUGAUGAGGAUGAUGAGGAUGCCGGGGAAGAGCGUCUUCCAUCAUGUUUCGAUUACGUCAUGCACUUCCUAACCGUGUUCUGGAAGGUUCUGUUUGCGUGUGUCCCGCCCACUGAGUACUGGAACGGCUGGGCAUGCUUCUUCACCUCCAUCGUCAUCAUCGGCUUCCUCACGGCCAUCAUUGGAGAUCUCGCCUCACACUUCGGCUGCACCAUCGGCCUCAAGGACUCCGUCACUGCCGUCGUCUUCGUCGCCCUCGGCACCUCCAUCCCAGACACGUUUGCGAGUAAGGUGGCGGCGGUGCAGGACGUGUAUGCGGACGCGUCCAUCGGGAACGUGACGGGCAGUAAUGCGGUGAAUGUGUUUGUGGGACUGGGCGUGGCCUGGUCGGUGGCGGCCGUGUACUGGCGUGUUCACGGAGGCGUAUUCGAGGUGCACGCCGGCUCGCUUGCCUUCUCCCUCACGCUCUUCAGCGUCUUCUCCGUCUUCGCCGUCCUCGCCCUCAUGUACCGUCGCCGCGGCAACAUCGGCGGAGAGCUCGGCGGGCCGAGACGCCAUCGCAUCAUCACCACACUGUUCUUCUUCAUGCUGUGGUUCCUCUACAUCCUGCUGUCCAGCCUUGAGGCCUACUGCCACAUCCAGGGCUUCUAGAGACAUGGCGGAUAGACUGGGGUGGGGGAGGGGGCCAGAGAGAGAGAGAGAGAGAGAGAGAGAGAGAGAGAGAGAAAAGGAUGAGUAGAGCAGAACAUGUCCUUUAUCUCUCUCAGAAAUAUUCAAUUCAUUGAGUCACUUGAGUCAUUAUAUGUGGCCUGAUCUUCUGAUAGCAGAGAGAGAGAGAGAGAGAGAGAGAGAGAGAGAGAGAGAGAGAGAGACCUGGAGAGGAAACAUCUGAAUCUGAAUGUUGAGUGUUUCUGAAGCGAGUGAGACUGAGAGAGAGCAUGAGAGAGAGAGAGAGCUUCAACCAAGAGAAAAAUAGGACAGAAUAACAGUGUUCCCCCCUCCCUCCCUCUUUCUCUCUCUCUCUCGUUUCUUUCUCUCCCACCCAAAGAUCAAACACCACUGUCUUAACUUAGAGUCUGAGUGAGAAAUACAGAGAGAGAGAGAGAGAGAGAGAGAGAGAGAGAAGAGAGAAGAGGACAGGAAACAGAGGGUUGGAUGAGACUAGCUGCACUCGUCCUCUCUCUCUCUCUCUCUCUCUCUCUCUCUCUCUCUCUCUCUCUCCGUACAGUGCGUUAGCGUGAGGAGUCUCAGCUUCUCCAGAGUCUCUAUUUUUUCUCGCCGCUUGCAGAGGAACUGGACUCUUUUUCUAAUGAAGUAUUUUGGGGAAAAAAAACAAAACACAGAAAAAGACAAUUAAAAAAAUAUUGUACAAAAAGAGAGCGAACUAUUUUCAAACGCAGGAAUGGGAUCAGAGUUUACGAAUCGGAUAUGAUCACUGUUACCGAGUGGAGCUCAUGAUGUCCUUCCUUUUCUUGUGUUCGCUAACUUCGCUGAAACUCACAAGCUUACAGCGUACACACACACACACACACACACACACACACACACACACACACACACACACACACACACACACACACACAAGAGAAACAGAUCACACUGGAGGAGGAGAGGAAAGAGGGACUGCAGUGAGUCUAACUGGUUUGCGUCACUUCCUGAAUGGGUUUAAAUAGUUUAUGAUAAGAAACAUAAUGUUGCCAUGUUUUCUGUAUAUGUUGUGAAUUUUGCACACACACACACACACACACACACACACACACACACACACGUGUGUGUCUGUGUGUCACUCACUCAGUGUGUAUGUGUGUGUGUGUUUGUGUUUGGGUUAAAUUAGUUGAACACAGGUGUAAUUAAGUGUGUAAAAGAAACACAUUCUUGGUGUGUGUGCGUGACAGGUGUGUGUGAGUGUGACAGGUGAGUGUGUGUGUGAGUGUGACAGGUGUGUGUGUGUGAGACAGGUGGGAGUGUGAUGUGUGUGUGUGACAGGUGUGAGUGUGUGACAGGUGUGUGUGAGUGACAGGUGUGUGUGAGUGACAGGUGUGUGUGAGUGACAGGUGUGUGUGUGUGUGAGUGACAGGUGUGUGUGUGUGUGUGUAACAGGUGUGUAUGAAUGAUAGGUGUGUGUGUGUGUGACAGGUGAGUGACAGGUGUGUGACAUGUGACAGGUGUAUGAGUGACAGGUGUGUGACAUGUGUGAAGAUGAAAUUAUAGUUAUGAGCUCACACACUCUGUGGUUUGGUACGUGAUGAGAGCUGCAGUCCUGCAGGUGGCGCUGUUACACUUCAUACGCUACAGGAAGAAGGUUUCCGCUCCUCCAUCCUGGAUUGGAUCGGUUUGGGAACACCUUGCUGGUUUCGACCAAUCACAGGCGUGUAGUGUGUUAAUCAGCUUCCGUACACGUGACACAGCAAGCGACGUUUCCGCAGGAAGAAACGUAACGCGCUGUGUCACGCUGUAGUGCAGACAAGGGGCAACGCCACCGUUUCCUUGUCAUGUGACCUCCACUAGUCCAUGAUGGCGGAACUGAUCGCAAGUUCAUGUUUAACAGAGCUGCGUCGUGUACAAGCCACUCGAGAAAGUGUGUUCCACAGACACGCUCUGUUCUCAAAACAAACAAAAUGUCGCAAAUGAUGUAAAGAUCACGUGACAUCAUUUCCUUAUUUAACACGGACACGUUAAACCCAGGAAACAACCACCCAAUGGGAGGCAGAGCUUCAGGGCGGGGCCAAUAACCAAAGAGUAGAAUAGAGGGAGGAGCCGUGUGUGUGUGUGUGUGUGUGUGUGUGUGUGUGUGUGUGUGUGUGUGUGUGUGUGUGUGGUGCAAAACCAAAUGUGUGUUGCCGUAACCCAACCUUUCAGCCUCUCCUUCAUAAACACACACACACACACACACACACACA